AUGUCAGCCACCGUCAAGGUCGUCUCGACCGACCUUCGACAGGUCCCCAUCAAGGUCACCCCCUCGACCUACCUGACCGACGUGCUCGAGCAGGCCUGCCGCAAGUUCAACCUCACCCCCGACCGCUACCUGCUGAAGCACAAGGACAAGGAGCUCGACCUGUCCAACACCUUCCGCAACUCGGGCCUCAUCGCCGGCGCCAAGCUCGAGCUGAUCGCAAAGUCCAAGUCGCCCGCCGUCCUCAACAUCGCCCUGCAGCUGCCCCAGCCCGAGGCCAACCUGCUCGGCGCCCCGCGCGCCACCGCCAAGCUGCCCAGCGACUAUACCAUCUGGAAGGUCCUCCGCCACUUCGAGAGCGUCGUGUGCAAGGGCAAGGGCGUCAACAUCACCGGCCGCGGCGUGCCCCAGACCAACGCCGCCGGCAACAGUGGCCAGCUGUACUAUGAGACGCCCACGCUGCAGGUCGAGAGCCGCGUGCUCUCCAGCUUCGUCGACUUCCAGAAGACCAUGUCCCAGCUGGGGUACAACAAGGGGAACGUCCUGAUACGCCUGUCGUUCCAGAGGACGGACAAGACCUUUGUCGACGCCACCGAGGACAUCUCGCAGUACUUCAAAGAGGAGGAGGCAGCGCAGCAGGAGAGGGAAGGGGCUGCCGGUGAGGCCACCAAGAAGACGGACAGCGCGGCCUCGACACAAGAAAAGAACGAGACGCCUGUAGAUGCGGGCACUCAAAACGAGACCGCACAUCCGUCGUCGGCUACUCCGAACAACAUCACAGAACCGCAACCAGAGCCCGAGCUCAUGGAGGUUGAUACAACAACGCCCUCGGAUCCCCUAGCACCGGUGUCCAUAUUCUCGGCCCCCAAGAACUCGACGCCCGCAGCCGCGGCCCAUGCCAUGGAGCCAGACGAGGUCUUCGUGCCGGGCAUCGUCCAGGCGCAGCAGCACCAGCACCUCCUCAAGACGCAGGCGCAAAACCGGCGGCUGCUCUCAGACCGGGAGCUCCAGCAAAAGGCGGACGAGGAGGCGGCGCGGCUGGCGGCCGUGCGGUCCAUCGACGUCCGCGUCCGGUUCCCGGACAACACGUCGGCGCAGUGGAAGGUGUACCCGGACUGGACGGGCGCCAAGCUGUACGCGGCCGUCCGGGGUGUCAUGGCCCACGACGCCCAGCGCUUCCACAUGGUGCUGCCCGGCACCCCGCGCGUCGUCCUGGCCGACACGGACGCCACGACCCUGGUCCGGGGCCACGGCUUCCGGCACAACACGCUCGUCAACCUGGUGUGGGACGACUCGGUGCCGGACGACGUCCGCGGGCAGCCCUUCCUCAAGCAGGCGGCCCGCAGCCACGCCACCGAGGUCGUGGUCCCGGACCUGCCGCAGGGCGACGACGAAGAUGAGGCGCCGGGUCCUAGUACAACCAAAAGGGCGGCGGCGGCGUCGUCACGCAGCGACGACGGCGAUGGCAAGAAGAAGGGCGUGCCCAAGUGGCUCAAGCUGGGGAAGAAAUGA